AUGUCACUGGGAUAUGUCACUGGGAUCCGUCACUGGGAUAUGUCACUGGGAUCUGUCACUGGGAUCCGUCACUGGGAUCCGUCACUGGGAUCCGUCACUGGGAUCCGUCACUGGGAUCCGUCACUGGGAUCCGUCACUGGGAUCCGUCACUGGGAUCCGUCACUGGGAUCCGUCACUGGGAUAUGUCUCUGGGAUCUGUCACUGGGAUCUGUCACUGGGAUCUGUCACUGGGAUCUGUCACUGGGAUCUGUCACUGGGAUCCGUCACUGGGAUCCGUCACUGGGAUCUGUCACCGGGAUAUGUCACUGGGAUCCGUCACUGGGAUCUGUCACUGGGAUCUGUCACUGGGAUAUGUCACUGGGAUCCGUCACUGGGAUCCGUCACUGGGAUCCGUCACUGGGAUCCGUCACUGGGAUCCGUCACUGGGAUCCGUCACUGGGAUCCGUCACUGGGAUCCGUCACUGGGAUCCGUCACUGGGAUCCGUCACUGGGAUCCGUCACUGGGAUCCGUCACUGGGAUAUGUCACUGGGAUCCGUCACUGGGAUCCGUCACUGGGAUCUGUCACUGGGAUAUGUCACUGGGUUCCGUCACUGGGAUCUGUCACUGGGAUCCGUCACUGGGAUAUGUCACUGGGAUCUGUCACUGGGAUCCGUCACUGGGAUCCGUCACUGGGAUCUGUCACUGGGAUAUGUCACUGGGAUAUGUCACUGGGUUCCGUCACUGGGAUCUGUCACUGGGAUAUGUCACUGGGAUCUGUCACUGGGAUCCGUCACUGGGAUAUGUCACUGGGAUCUGUCACUGGGAUCCGUCACUGGGAUCCGUCACUGGGAUCCGUCACUGGGAUCCGUCACUGGGAUCCGUCACUGGGAUCCGUCACUGGGAUCCGUCACUGGGAUCCGUCACUGGGAUCCGUCACUGGGAUCCGUCACUGGGAUCUGUCACUGGGAUCCGUCACUGGGAUCUGUCACUGGGAUCCGUCACUGGGAUCCGUCACUGGGAUUGAUCCGUCACUGGGAUUGAUCCGUCACUGGGAUCUGUCACUGGGAUCCGUCACUGGGAUCUGUCACUGGGAUCCGUCACUGGGAUAUGUCACUGGGAUCUGUCACUGGGAUCGAUCCGUCACUGGGAUCUGUCACUGGGAUACGUCACUGGGAUCUGUCACUGGGAUCCGUCACUGGGAUCUGUCACUGGGAUAUGUCACUGGGAUCCGUCACUGGGAUCUGUCACUGGGAUCCGUCACUGGGAUCUGUCACUGGGAUCUGUCACUGGGAUAUGUCACUGGGAUCCGUCAUUGGGAUCUGUCACUGGGAUAUGUCACUGGGAUCUGUCACUGGGAUCCGUCACUGGGAUCCGUCACUGGGAUCCGUCACUGGGAUCCGUCACUGGGAUAUGUCACUGGGAUCCGUCACUGGGAUCCGUCACUGGGAUCUGUCACUGGGAUCCGUCACUGGGAUCCGUCACUGGGAUUGAUCCGUCACUGGGAUCUGUCACUGGGAUCCGUCACUGGGAUCUGUCACUGGGAUACGUCACUGGGAUCUGUCACUGGGAUCCGUCACUGGGAUCUGUCACUGGGAUAUGUCACUGGGAUCCGUCACUGGGAUCUGUCACUGGGAUCCGUCACUGGGAUCUGUCACUGGGAUAUGUCACUGGGAUCCGUCAUUGGGAUCUGUCACUGGGAUAUGUCACUGGGAUAUCUCACUGGGAUCUGUCACUGGGAUCCGUCACUGGGAUCCGUCACUGGGAUCCGUCACUGGGAUCCGUCACUGGGAUCCGUCACUGGGAUAUGUCACUGGGAUCCGUCACUGGGAUCCGUCACUGGGAUCCGUCACUGGGAUCCGUCACUGGGAUUGAUCCGUCACUGGGAUCUGUCACUGGGAUCCGUCACUGGGAUCUGUCACUGGGAUCCGUCACUGGGAUAUGUCACUGGGAUCUGUCACUGGGAUCCGUCACUGGGAUCUGUCACUGGGAUAUGUCACUGGGAUCUGUCACUGGGAUCCGUCACUGGGAUCCGUCACUGGGAUCCGUCACUGGGAUCCGUCACUGGGAUCCGUCACUGGGAUCCGUCACUGGGAUCCGUCACUGGGAUUGAUCCGUCACUGGGAUCUGUCACUGGGAUCUGUCACUGGGAUCGAUCCGUCACUGGGAUCUGUCACUGGGAUCCGUCACUGGGAUCCGUCACUGGGAUCGGUCACUGGGAUCUGUCACUGGGAUCUGUCACUGGGAUCUGUCACUGGGAUCCGUCACUGGGAUCUGUCACUGGGAUCCGUCACUGGGAUCCGUCACUGGGAUCUGUCACUGGGAUAUGUCACUGGGAUCUGUCACUGGGAUCUGUCACUGGGAUCCGUCACUGGGAUCCGUCACUGGGAUCCGUCACUGGGAUCUGUCACUGGGAUAUGUCACUGGGAUAUGUCACUGGGAUAUGUCACUGGGUUCCGUCACUGGGAUCUGUCACUGGGAUAUGUCACUGGGAUGUCACUGGGAUAUGUCACUGGGUUCCGUCACUGGGAUCUGUCACUGGGAUCUGUCACUGGGAUCCGUCACUGGGAUCUGUCACUGGGAUCCGUCACUGGGAUCUGUCACUGGGAUAUGUCACUGGGAUAUGUUAUUUCACUGGGAUAUGUCACUGGGUUCCGUCACUGGGAUCUGUCACUGGGAUCUGUCACUGGGAUCCGUCACUGGGAUCUGUCACUGGGAUAUGUCACUGGGAUCCGUCACUGGGAUCUGUCACUGGGAUCCGUCACUGGGAUCUGUCACUGGGAUCCGUCACUGGGAUAUGUCACUGGGAUCUGUCACUGGGAUCCGUCACUGGGAUCCGUCACUGGGAUCCGUCACUGGGAUCCGUCACUGGGAUCCGUCACUGGGAUAUGUCACUGGGAUCUGUCACUGGGAUCUGUCACUGGGAUCCGUCACUGGGAUCUGUCACUGGGAUCCGUCACUGGGAUAUGUCACUGGGAUCUGUCACUGGGAUCCGUCACUGGGAUCCGUCACUGGGAUCUGUCACUGGGAUAUGUCACUGGGAUCCGUCACUGGGAUCGAUCCGUCACUGGGAUCUAUCACUGGGAUCCGUCACUGGGAUAUGUCACUGGGAUCCGUCACUGGGAUCGAUCCGUCACUGGGAUCGAUCCGUCACUGGGAUCCGUCACUGGGAUCUGUGGAGACAGCAGAGCCAAAGUGACCUGAGUCCACACUGCUGCAUCUCACUGUUCUCCGAGCCUUCUGUGUGUCUGACACCUGCUCUGGUUGGUCGGUUUGGUGAGCGGUGUUGUCAUGGUUACAGCGACAGCAGCCAUCUUGAGAGCAUGGAAUAA